AAGGGUAACAAUGGGUUCCGUAUUGUCGGCGUUCGAACGAGGAAGGCAUUGAGAAUCUCUUGUUCAAAUAGGCUCAAAUAUGGCGGACUGCCAUCGGCAGGUAGUAGUUUCACAGUUUCGUAUUAAUUACAGGUGUACAAUUUUUAGAAAACCGACGAACGAACAAUAUGAAUCGUAACACAUCUUUUCAACGAAAUGUAUGUACGGUACAAAUAAGAGAGUCGAGACGAUCUAAGUUUCGUCGGAUUGAUUCGUUCAACGGAUUGAGCUUGAUCUAAUAAAAGUAGCAGAAAUGGAUGGAACAAGAGCAGCGGAGGUUCUACCUUUGCUUCAAGAACGUUUGGCCAUACUUCCUGGUGGCCGAGAUCGCAGGGGUGGACCUGUAUUGGUCUUUCCAACCACCCCAAGACGCGAACGUGCAAAACCUGAGGAUUAUCGUCGUCUUCUGCAGUAUCUGUUGACUGUACCUGGCGACGAAGUCAGGGGAUUGCGUUUCACUGUGAUAGUGGAUAUGCGGGGUGCUACCUGGGAUUCUGUUAAACCUAUUUUAAAGGUAUUGCAUGAACAUUUUCAUCGGUCUGUUCACGUGGCUUUCAUCAUAAAACCUGAAAAUUUCUGGCAAAAACAACGAACUUCGUUAGCCAAGCAAAAGAAAUAUAAUUUUGAAAUAAACACCAUCAGUUUGGAGGCAUUGUCGAAAGUGAUCGAUCCGUCGCAGCUAACCGCGGACUUAGAUGGAUCUCUGAAAUACGAUCAUGCUCAGUGGAUCGAUACGAGACUCGCCGUAGAAGACUUUACGUGGCAAGCUGCCGAUCUGCUCGAUAGGUUGGACGACUUGCAAGAAGAUCUGAGUCGAAAUGAUUUCGCGGACGACGUGUCCGGCGCGAAGCACGGUCUCGAUUUACAUAAUGAAAUGAAGAAAAAAAUUCUGAAAGUUCCAGUCGAGGAGAUCGAAGUGGUCGGUCAACGGUUGCUUCAACGUUUCGAUAAUGGUAUGGCUGGUGCUGGCAGCGAAGGAGGCAGUAUCGAAAGUGGCGCGACAGGCGGUACUGACCCUGAUGGACGUGCGUUAGCAGCCUUAGUAAUUCAACACUUGGAUUCCGUACACGCCGCGCAGCAACACCUUUUACAAUUGUGGCAUAUCAAAAAGAUGAAAUUGGAUCAGUGUUUUCAACUAAGGCUCUUCGAACAAGAUUGCGAAAAGAUGUUUGAUUGGAUCUGCCACAACAGAGAAGGAUUUUUGGCGAAUUACGUCGAGAUCGGUCGAUCGUAUCAGUUAGCAAAAAAUCUUCAAGAAGAGCAUAAGCAUUUCACCAUAAGUUCGAUGAACGUUUACGUGAAUAUAAAUAAAAUUCUAACGAUGGCGAGUCGUUUGCUCGAAACUCAGCAUUACGCGGCUGGACACGUGAGGGCUGUAGCUGGUCGAUUGGAUCGAGCUUGGAAAGAAUUUGCCGCGGGACUCGACGAGCGUACAGCGGUCCUCGGUUUGAGCGUCGUUUUUCAUCAUAAGGCGGAACAAUACGUCGAUAGCGUUUCAGGAUGGAGUCAAGCUUGUGAUGUUGGAAAUUUGCCCAACGAAAUUCCGAUCUUAGAAUCUCAUAUACGGCAGCAUCAAACUCUUUACGAAGCCAUGUGUCAAGCUUAUACGGAGGUGCAUAGUACCAGUAAGAAGCUUCUUUAUCAACUGGAUCAUCUGGUGCAAGUCUGUAAUCAGCCACAAGGGAUAGACCAUACAGCCAGAAAACAUAGUCAAGAUGGUCACGGAAUCGAUGGACAUACUGGCAUGAGUGGAAAUCCAGCAGCAGAUUAUAGCGAGGGUGCGUCGCACGUGUUGGCAGUGAUCCAUCAAAUUUUGGGUCAUCACCGAGCAUUGGAAGCUCGUUGGCAUGCUAGGAAAGUGAAAUUACAUCAACGGCUCGCGUUAAGAUUGUUCCAAGAAGACGUAAAACAGGUCCUAGAUUGGCUCACCAACCACGGCGAAGUUUUCAUUCGAAAGAAUACAGGAGUGGGCCGCAAUCUUCAGAAAGCGCGAGUCUAUCAGAAAAGUCACGAACAUUUUGAAAAUGUUGCACAGAAUACUUAUACGAACGCCACUAAGCUGCUUACCGCUGCUCAAGAGUUAGCUCAUACUGGAGAAUGCGCGGCCGACGAGAUAUACGCGGUGGCUCAAGAAUUGGAAGCACACGUCAGUAGUUUUGCGGCUAGAGUCGAACAACGACGUCGAAGAUUAGAUUUAGCAGUUGUAUUUUAUACUCAUGAGAAAGAGUUGAGCGGUUGGGUCGACGAGUUACGGCAAGAGUUACAACAGGACGAAGUUGCGGAAAAUCUGGAAACAGCGGAGCGAUUAUUAGAGCAGUGUGCGCAACAUCGAGCCUCCUGUUUGGAAGCUUGUGCGUCGACUAUCGUUCAAGGCGAAGCGUUGCUUCGAGAACUUCGAGAGUCUACCGAAGCUCCCGACAGUACCGGUUCCAUAUCUGCGGUAGAGGCUGCGCUCGACAGGUUAGCGGGUUUGAGACAGGAAUUGGAAGAAUUAUGGGCUACCAGGAAAUUAAGACUGGAACUGUGUCUGCGGCUGCGUGUAUUCGAGAGGGACGCUUUAGAAGCGAGUGGUCAGCUGGAAAUGUGGGCGCAAGAAUUGCAGGGACCACCCAGAGAGGGUUCUCCCGAACAACUGCUUCGCGUACAUAACGAUGGGGUUGCCCACAUGCAAAACACUGCUUUUCAAGUUCUGCAACAAGGUCAAGAACUCGCUCAAGUAUUGGAACAAGCUGGUGUUUGUAUAAUGGCGGACGGACAGCACAGUGCUACGGCUAGAGUGCAAGUACUUUUAGAAUUUUUAAACGAAAGGGAGAUGGACGCGGAGGAUUUAGCCGAGAUGAGAAGAGUUCGCUUGGAGCAAGCUUCUCAACUGGUUCAAUUACAAACCGACGCUACUCACGUAGCUAGUUGGAUUCGUAACGGUGAGGCGAUGCUCUUAGCUUCUCUGAGAGUUCCGGAAAAUCUACAGGACGCUGAACAGCUUCGUUUGGAACACGAACAGUUUCAAGUCGCUAUAGAGAAGACUCAUACCUCGGCCGUUCAGGUGAAACACAGAGCGGACGCUUUGGUGAGCGCGAAUCACUAUGAUCCGAAGAGCAUAAGAGAAGUGGCCGAGGAUGUGACUAAGAGAUGGCAACAACUGGUGACGUGCGCGGAGGAGAGGCAUAAAUUAGUAACUGCUAGCAUUAAUUUUUACAAGACGGCCGAACAAGUACGUUCCGUGUUGGAUAGUCUCGAACGGGAAUACAAACGAGACGAGGAUUGGUGUGCUUCUGGCGAAAAAGCUGGACAAGUACCGACGCUCGUUGGCAAGCAUCAAGAACAGAAGGAAGCAUUUUUAAAAGCGUGCACGUUGGUACGACGAACUGCGGAAACAUUCCUCAAGUAUACGAACCGCAGUCUUCAGUUUUACAGUUACCAGGCGAAUAGCGCUGGUUCUGAGAACAAAGUUAAAAGUAUUUUGGAAGAGUUGCUCAGCAAAGAGAACCGAGUGCUCGAAUAUUGGACGCAACGUAAGAAACGAUUGGAUCAGUGUCACCAAUAUGUUCUUUUUGAACGUAGUGCCAAGCAGGCUUUAGAAUGGAUUCGAGAAACGGGUGAAUUAUAUUUAGCCACGCAUACUAACGUUGGCAAGAAUCGGAUUGAAAAUGAGCAAUUGCUACGGGAGCAUAACGAAUUCAAAGGCGCUGCGAAGGAAACGAGAGAAAGGGUGAAACUGUUGAUACAACUCGCGGACAAUUUAGUGGAGAAAGGACACGCUCAUGCGGCAGCGAUCAAGCAGUCCGUCGCCGAGGUGGACCAGCGGUAUAAAGACUUCAGUACGCGCAUGGAUUGUUACAAAACUCAAAUCGAGGAUGAUCUAGGAAUUCAAUCCGAUGACGGGCAGAAGGAUCUGUCGAUCGAUCGGAAUUCGGAUCCGUUGCUCGAGGAGAAAAUUAAAGGGAAAGACUUGAAAGAGUUGAACGAGGAAAAGAGGAGAUCGGCUCGACGCAAAGAAUUCAUAAUGGCUGAGCUGCUACAAACGGAACGAACUUACGUGAAAGAUUUGGAAACGUGCAUUCGUUGCUUUUUGGAAGAAACACGAUGCGGUAAAGGGAACGUUCCAUCUGGAUUGCAGGGUCGGGAGUCUAUAAUCUUCAGCAACAUGGAAGAGAUUCAUCAGUUCCAUAGCAACGUGUUUCUUCGGGAACUGGAAAAAUACGAAACUAUGCCGGAAGAUGUUGGACAUUGUUUCGUAACUUGGGCACCGAAAUUCGACAUGUACGUGACGUACUGUAAGAAUAAACCGGAAAGCAAUCAGUUGUUAGUUACUCACGGUGGAACAUGGUUCGAGGAAUUGCAAAGGAAACAUCGAGUCGAACAUCCGAUUGCCGCGUAUCUAAUUAAACCCGUUCAAAGAAUUACGAAAUACCAGUUAUUGCUGAAAGACCUUCAGGCUUGCUGCCAGGAGGGACAGGGCGAAAUAAAGGACGGGUUAGAAGUGAUGUUAAACGUGCCUAAGAAAGCGAACGAUGCCUUACAUUUGAGCAUGCUAGAAGGUUGCGACGUGAGAAUAGACACGUUAGGCGACGUAGUAUUGCAAGAUUCUUUUACGGUUUGGGAUCCUAAACAAUUGAUCAGAAAAGGCAGAGAUCGGCACAUAUUUUUGUUCGAGUUGUACCUACUAUUUAGCAAAGAGGUUAAAGAUUCUGCCGGGAAGGUCAAGUAUAUUUAUAAAAGUCGUCUGAUGACUUCCGAACUGGGUGUAACCGAGCACAUCGAAGGAGACGAGUGCAAGUUCGCCGUUUGGACCGGUCGAGCACCUACCAGCGAUACGCGCGUUGUUCUCCGCGCUAAUUCCAUGGACGCCAAACAACUCUGGGUGAAGCGAUUGCGGGAAGUUAUCCAGGAGACGUACUUCAGUUUGAGCAUGCCGAAGAGUCCCGCCAAGAAGAGUUCGAGUCAACGUUCCAGCAGAGAUCUCGAGGAGUGCGCUUCCCUGGACGACAGCGUCGAGAAUCUGGACAGAAAUUCACUGGCAUCGUUCGGUUCUACGAACACCACGGACUCCGACAAGACCGGCGUAGCCGAAGUGACCUGGGUAAUCGCGGACCACUUGGCGGCCCCAGGAUCCCGCGAGCUGACGGUAACGAAGGGUCAACAGGUGGAAGUCUUAGAAAAUGGAAGUAACGCGAGCGGAGUAAACGCGCCGGAAUGGACUCACGUGCGACUUCUAGUAGCUCCGGGGCAAGUGGAUCCUCCUCCGGAAGGACUGGUGCCUACCAGUGCUCUCAAGCAGCCACCGCCCGUCUCCAGCAAGACUUCGCCGUCUAGAAAAGCUCCGGUGCAACAACCGCAGCAGCAGUAUCAUCAGCAGCAUCAUCAACAGCUAUCUAGCAAUCAAGUUCAGAGCACCUCGCCGAGCGGGAUCGUAUCGGCUGUAGUUUCGUCGGCCGCGAUUGUAACCGGGGGUUCCUCUUCGUGCUCCUCUUUGUCGUCUUCGUCCACCGGCGCGUCGUCGAUCGGAUCGAAUCUGCAGAACGUAGUUACGCCUCUGUUGCCGGACGAAGAGAGCGUAAUCGCGAAUGAUGGAAGCACCGGUGCGAACACGAGCUCCCCAGGGAACAAGCGACGCGGGUUCAGCGGGAGAAAGUGGCUACCCCCGCCAUUGCGUAAACUCAGCCAAGGUAAAGUGGAGAAAUCGACCGCAACCGCGACUACGACUGCAACCUCAAUAUUGUCGACAACGGGAACAGCAACGGCAGCGGCGGCAGCGACCACGGUUCCCGAACGUCCCUCGAAGAAGAACGUUUCCGAGAAACGAUUCAAACUACCGAGCGGCGCCGAACAGACUCGGGUGUCCGGACCAGCCAGACCAUCCAGAGCCGCCUCCGUUUCCGUAUCGACUUUAACGUCCGCGGCCGCGUCUAUGCGCGUAUCCGCUUCGGUGUCCAAAGAUUACGACGCCGAACUCGCUCGAACCGCUGUCGAGGCGGAAACGGAAGAGGAGGAAGGAGAGAUCGAGCAGUCGGAGGCCGAGUUAGAGGAAUACGUUGCCGAACCCGACGACGCGGAGGCUUCCACUUACUCGGAACAGAACGGAGCGGACGAUGUCGAAGACGAAUUGGAACUACCGCCACCGAUGAAACCCAUCACCGAACCGAUACUCGUAGGAACUGCCAACGGAUCCACCGGCUCUACCAUUCCAACCGAAGGCUGCGGGAAAUCUCGAACUUCCGAACGGUCCACAAAGAUUCUCGACGGUGCUACAACGGCCGACUUGGCUGAAAUCGAACAGAUCGUAAAGGAAAGGAUGGAACAGCACACGGAAAAUCUGGAGCGACAAAGCCUCAUGAGAACACCUAGCGGUAAAAGUUCGUCGAACGUCGGUAUCGGCGAUGAAGCCUGCGAGGAAGGAGACUCUCUGUCGUCAGGGGUGUCUAGCGGUAUCGGUGGUGCGAUCAUGAUCCCGUCGACGGCUGCGACACCGACGCCUUCAUCGACUCCAAGCUCGACAGCUACCGCGACAACGAGUAGUCCGGCUCGCAAUCCAGAUCAACACGACGUGGAGAGUACAGCUCUCGCGAAACGACAAUUCGUUAUCCGAGAGUUGGUGGAGACGGAGAAGGAUUAUGUGAACGAUUUGAAGCAAAUAGUCGAAGGAUACAUGGCGUUGAUGCGAGAUCCCGAUUGCGAGAUUCCUUUACCGGAUGAUCUACGCGGUGGGAAGGACAAGAUGGUAUUCGGAAAUAUAGAGGCGAUUUACGAGUGGCAUAGAGACUUCUUCCUGAAAGCUUUGGAGCGCUGUUUGGAACGACCCGAAGAACUUGGCCCGCUGUUUAAACGGUAUGAAAGAAAGUUGCACGUGUACGUGGUCUAUUGUCAGAAUAAACCAGUCUCCGAAUACAUCGUCUCUGAAUAUAUCGACACUUAUUUCGAAGAGCUGAGACAGAAGCUCGGACAUCGAUUGCAGUUAUGCGAUCUUUUGAUAAAACCAGUUCAGAGGAUCACGAAAUACCAAUUGCUUCUUCGAGAGGCCUUGAGACUCACCGAGCGGACUCAGAGGAUUUCGGAAAUAGAAGGUCUCAGAGCUGCGGUUCACGUGAUGCGCGUCAUUCCAAAAGCGGCCAACGACAUGAUGGAUGUUGGCAGACUUCAAGGUUUCGACGGAAAGAUUACGGCGCAAGGGAAAUUGCUGUUACACGGACCUCUUUUGGUAGCAGAAUUGUCCAGUUUACCGAGCAAAGGAAGAGAGUGGCAAGUCUUCCUUUUCGAGCAAAAUAUUAUUUUCAGCGAGACUGUUGGGAAGAAAACGCAAUUUACCAACCCCGCCUACAUCUACAAGGCUCAUAUUCAGGUGAAUAAGAUGAGCCUGGAAGAAUGUUACGACGACCCGGACAAAUUCGUGAUUCGAUCGACCGAUCCUCGGAAGCCUGGCCUUGGAUUUUCUUGUAGCGCGAUCGAAGAGAACGGGCCGCGAAAGCAGGACUGGGUGGACACGAUCACUGCCAUCCUGCAAACUCAACGCGACUUCCUCAAGGCGAUACAGUCGCCGAUUGCCUACCAAAAGGAACUUACCAAAGAUCCAUUUCGUGGCGUGAGUCCGGAAUCUCCGUGUCGAGGACUUUCUACGAGCCUGUCUAAGACAAGCGACGACGAAAGAAACGAAAUCGCAGCUCCCCGAACCGCGACGACGACGACGGCGGCGACAACGGCGGCUCAACGGUCCCGCACCGCCGGAGUUUCGGAUCAGGAACCUUCGCAAACGCCGAGCCCUAGCAAAAGCAGAUUGAAUUUUCUCGAGGGAUUUAAGAGCAGCCUCCGGCCUCGAUCGCCCGUUCGCAACAAUUCUAUCCCGAUCGUUGCAGGUAGCAGAGUAAGAUUAACCGCUGAUUGGGGCAAGUUACGCGGCGGAGAAGAGGUGGAGAUCUCGCGAGUGGACGGUCCAGGACUGAUCGUUCGACGAACGAUCGGAAGAAAGGAGGAAUUUUGGAUACCGGCGAGUCUCGUACCGAAUUCGUCUCACAGCCGCGCAUGGUCUUUUCGGCCGCGAAGAAUCGAUUCCGAGGGAGAGAACGUCCGUCUUCCGCAGGACGCGCGCGCGGAAGAGAACGGUCCUCCCACGAUCUUGACUAUUCCGUGUUCGAUCAGGGCGACGGCCGGUGGGGUGGCUCGGCUCGUGCUGGAGGCGCGUCGCGUGGAGCGCGCAACCGUCCGCUGGAGGAAGGAGGGACAACGAUCUAACAUCGAGGGAGGCGAUCGACAUCGACUUUUCCGGACGUCCGAUUCCCUUUCUCUCGAAAUCGCUCCUUGCCUGCCAUCGGACUCCGGGAUUUAUCACUGUCGCGUCGAACACGAAACGGGCUCUUGUUCGGCCAAGAUUCCCCUUCGCGUCGUAGGUAUCGACACGAACGCUUGGCGCGACGCGAUCGACACCGAUCGAUCGGACGACUCGAACGACUCGUCCUCGAUGCAUCGCGCUCAUUCAAAAGACGCGGAAAGCGAACGGUGCAUCGACAGAUACCUGGAACUAGAGGAACUGGGAAACGGUAGAUUCGCCAAAGUAUGCCGUGCGAGGGAGAAGGGAUCCGUCCGAGAAGUGGCCUUGAAACAAAUAUUCAGAGUAAGGCAGCGGUUGUCGGUGACCCGUGCAGAAUACGACUUCCUUCGAACCACGUGUCAUGAUAAUAUCGUUCGAGCGCUUGCCUUGUUUGAGGACCUACCCCAGCCCGGUAUCGACACUAUAGUUUUGGAGCUGGUGAGGGGUUCCACCUUGUUCGGGUACCUCGGCGAAAAGACAGAGUACACGGAAGCAACCGUAGCGAGGUACACCGGUCAGUUGCUGUCGGCGCUGCGAUGGCUGCACGCGCGUAAACGAGCUCAUUUGGACCUGAAACCGGAGAACGUUUUAAUCGACGAGGAAACCGACACUGUAAAAUUAAUAGAUCUCGGCGAAGCCGUCAGAGCGGCGCCGCUCGACGAAGUCCGUCCUCCGGCUGAUUUAGAAUUCGCUGCCCCAGAAUCGGUUCUCGGGAAACCGACCGGCUCCUACACGGAUAUGUGGGCUGCCGGGGUGUUCAUUUACGUGCUUCUCAGUGGCCUUUCACCCUUCUUGGACGAUUCCAUCGAGGAGACUACCGCCAAUAUACUGAAGUGCGACUUUUGUUUUCCGGAAGAGUACUUUCAUGAAAUAUCGGAGGACGUGAAACGUCUGCUCGAAAGAUUGCUGCGUUCGCGCGGAGAAGACAGAACGACCGCUGAAAUUUCCUUAUCGUCACCGUGGUUUCAGAUACGUUUGUUUCAGGUACCGAUCGGUGCAACGAUCCCUUCCUCCCGAAUGGCUGCCUUUAUCGAUCGUCGCGCGCAUCGAUCGAAAUCUCGUCAAGAGCGAAACAGUAGUUUUUAUUCGUAAAGCUGUAUCUCGUUCAUAAAAGACAUAUAUAUAUACAUAUAUUUAUUGACAAAUAAUUUUUUGUAAAAGCUACCGCGAUCGAAUCGACCGAAUGUAAAUAAAACUAGCGAACGCGAUCGCGACGGCUACCACGUGACCGCCGUUAUCACCUAUCACCUUUUUGUUAUUCGUGCGUUUCGUUUAGUCUAUCACGCGUACAAACUGCCGCGUCUGUCGAUACUUGACCUUCGAUGUGCCCGUUUGUUCGAAUAAAACACGAAUCAACGUUGAAAUCUACCGA